UUUCUAAUAAUUCAAUUAUAAGAUGCGAUGGAUCUGAAAGAAAAGGAGAAAUUUUAUACAUAGAUUUUAAUAAGAUAAGAGAACCUUGUUCUUGUCACGUGAAACCGUUAUUUGAAGGAAGCUUAUUAAUUUAUGCUCAACAAAUUGUAAAUAGUUCUUGUUUAACUGAACUAAUUAUUGACGGCGAUAAAAUAUUUAACUGCCCUACUGAUGCUGAUGUUGCAACAAGUCUUGAUGUUAACGAUACCUCGUCAAUUAAAGUCAUUUCACGAUAUCAAGCAAACAAAAGGCCUGGAGAAUUUUACCACUGCGUUAUAGUUCGAGAGAAAUCAGCUGGUUCACCAGGAAGGCUUGUAAAAGUAACUUGUGGCGAUAAAAGAAUAGAAGUUACUACUCAAAAUACAAAUAACUCAACCAAUCACACCGAAACACCAAGUAUCAAGUAUAUUACGGAGAUAUAUGCCAUUGCAGGUGGAAUACUUGUCUGCUUAGUGAUGAUUAUUUUGGCUGUGAUAUGCAGCAGAAUCCAGAAAUCCAAAGCUGAGAAGCAAGGUUCUAAUAUCACCAUUGGUACGUACACACGUAGUAUUCGCACUCAUGAAUACAGUUUUUCUGAGAACACCGUUACCUCUGACAAUCGGCAAGGCACACUUGAACAACGUUCAAGGGACUUUGACAAUUCCUCUAAUGCAAUUGAAGGUGAAGAAAUACCAAAUGCCCAAAACAUGUCAACUAAAGAAUUUUCUGGUGACACUGUCAAGUACCAAGUGAAAGUAACUGAUAUUAAUAUGGCUCAGGUUGCAGUUCUUUACCAAAAUCAACUUAAUGAUAAAGACCUAGUAUGUGAUAUCUUGAAACAAAAUGUUAAUUUUCAACAUAUGAACAAUUGA